UCCGUCCAGGGAACCGUCUGGGGUCUAUAAAUUUCCCCGCCCAACCCUCAGGUCUAGCCGCGCAUGCGCGGAACCACUGGGUCUAGUAGUUGUCGUCUGGGAAAUGGCGGCAGCGGGCUUGGUCGCUGUGGCUACAGCUGCAGAAUAUUCUGGCCCAGUAGCGUCGGGAGGUAACCUUUCCGGUGUUAACUGCGGCCCAAGCUCCGGGGCAGGACCCGGUCCUGGCCCUAGUUCGUGGAGCCGCUCCCUUGAGCGAGCGCUGGAGGAGGCGGCGGUAACCGGGGUGCUGAGCCUGAGCGGCCGGAAACUGAGGGAGUUUCCCCGGGGAGCCGCCAACCACGAUCUGACGGACACCACCCGGGCGGAUCUAUCACGAAAUCGCCUCUCAGAAAUUCCCAUAGAAGCAUGUCACUUUGUUUCUCUUGAGAAUCUCAACUUAUACCAAAAUUGUAUUCGGUAUAUACCAGAGGCAAUCCUAAAUCUACAGGCUUUGACAUUCUUAAAUAUUAGUCGGAACCAGCUGUCAACACUGCCAGUACAUUUGUGUAAUUUACCAUUGAAAGUCUUAAUUGCUAGUAAUAACAAAUUGGUCUCACUUCCAGAAGAAAUUGGACAUCUCAGACAUUUAACAGAACUUGAUGUAAGCUGCAAUGAAAUUCAAACAAUACCUUCCCAAAUUGCUAAUUUGGAGGCCUUAAGAGACCUUAAUGUAAGAAGAAAUCACUUAGUACGUUUGCCUGAAGAGCUGGCAGAAUUGCCUUUAAUACGUUUAGACUUCUCCUGCAAUAAAAUUACAACAAUCCCUAUUUGUUAUCGGAACCUAAGGCACCUACAGAUGAUUGCCUUAGAUAACAAUCCAUUACAGUCUCCUCCUGCACAGAUAUGUAUAAAAGGCAAAAUCCACAUAUUUAAGUACCUGAACAUACAGGCUUGUAAGAUUGCUCCAGAUCUGCCAGAUUAUGAUAGGAGACCCUUGGGUUUUGGCUCCUGCCACGAAGAACUAUACUCAGGUCGCCCUUAUGGAGCUCUUGAUUCAGGCUUCAAUAGUGUUGACAGUGGUGAUAAGAGAUGGUCAGGGAAUGAACCUACAGAUGAAUUUUCAGAUUUACCUCUUCGAGUAGCAGAAAUUACUAAAGAACAAAGACUACGAAGAGAAAACCAGUAUCAAGAGAAUCUCAGCAGUUUAGUAGUAACAAAUGGUGGAGCAGAGCAUGAUCUGGACCAGAUUGACUACAUUGACAACUGUGCUGCAGAGGAUGAAGAGGAGGAGGCAAGACAGCCCAGGGGCCUGGACACAGACAGCCUCAGUUCACAGUUCAUGGCGUACAUUGAACAACGACGAAUCUCUCAUGAGGGUUCACCAGUAAAGCCAGUACCCAUGAGGGAGUUUCAAAAAACAGAAGACAUGAGAAGAUAUUUACAUCAAAACAGGGUUCCAGUUGAGCCAUCUCUCUUGUCAUUAUCACCAAGUCACAAUCAGCCAUCACAUACAGACUUCGAACUUCAUCGGAGGAGAGAACAAUUAGUAGAGCGAGCUCGGAGAGAGGCGCAACUUGCUGCCUUACAGUAUGAAGAGGAGAAAAUAAGGACCAAGCAGAUUCAGAGAGAUGCUGUCCUGGACUUUGUGAAGCAAAAAGCAUCACACAGUCCACAAAAACCACCCCCCUUCAAUGGCGAGUGUCCCUUCCCAUCCAGAAGGUCUCAACACACUGAUGAUAGUGCCUUGUUAGUGUUGCUGUCAGGGUUGAAUCAGGUGGGCUGUGCUGCUACCCUGACUCAUUCGUCUGCCUUCACACCUGUUAAGAAUGACGACAGAUCUAAUGCUGUAUCAAGUUCACCUACAACAGAAACAGUUCAUCAUUUUCCCACAUACUCUUUUCCUGCUGCUAUGCAGAGAAGCCAAGCCCAGCGCCCGGAAAGCUUCCUUUUCCGAUCAGCUGUCAGAGCAGAAACAAAUAAAGGUCAUCCUUCACCCCUUCUUUCGUCUUCUGCAACUACUACUGAUUCUACAGAUCCCAUAACAAGACAGAAUUUAAGGCAGAGAGAAGAAGAACUGGAAUCGAUAGAUCAACUACGGAAACAUAUUGAGUACCGGUUGAAAGUAUCUCUGCCUUGUGAUCUUGGAGCAGCUCUAACUGAUGGUGUUGUUCUUUGCCAUUUGGCCAAUCACGUUCGGCCUCGAUCUGUCCCGAGUAUUCAUGUUCCCUCACCAGCUGUACCUAAAUUAACAAUGGCAAAAUGCAGGCGAAAUGUGGAGAAUUUCCUAGAAGCCUGCAGAAAAAUUGGUGUACCUCAGGACAAUCUUUGUUCCCCUUCUGACAUCCUUCAGCUAAACCUCAGCGUUAAGAAAACUGAGCAAUUAUGUUUGCCUCUCCACAUUUUAGAAGAGAAAGGUUUGAGCCAGGUUGCAGUGACGGUCCAGGCUCUCCUGGAACUUGCCCCACCCAAGCAGCAGCAGCAGCAGCAGCAGCCUGCUGUGUAAGGACUUCCAGCACGUUGGGCACUGGCCUGGCCAAAACGGAACAGGACAACGUGAUUGCUGCUGCCCGCCAUCUGGGUAAAGGGACUGUUUCCAUGAUUCCUAACAGGAAUAUUUUGCUUUAUUUCUCCAUUUUAGGGGAGGUUAUAUACAUUUCCAUUGAAUUGUUUUGAAGACAUGGUUUUCACAAAUAAAACUGAGUCCUGUCAUUACUGAGAACCUAACCUUACAUGGGCAGUGCUUUCCCAGAGAGUAGGCUUUUCCCCACAUACCAGAAAGAUCUCAGAAGGAUAUUUAGCUCUUCUGAAGGCACGGACAUGCUAUUCUGUUUACAUGUUUCCAAGACCUGUAGAGUCAACUGGUGUCUAAACUUGAUUGUUCGAUAGAAUGUCCUGGAGCAUUUGUUAAAAUACAGCUUCUCAUUCAGUAGGGUCCAGUGUGAAGCCUGGUUGUCUGCAUUUUCCACAGACAUUCCAGGUAUUUCACAUAAUGGAGACGACUGUUCCCAACUAGAUGUUUGUAUGAUUUGGGGGAGUGGCGACUCCACUGUUUUUCAGACAUAUUUAAAAUGAAAAACUAUAUUAUGACGACUUGGACAGUUCUGUCCAAGGCAAAACAAUAACAUAGAACUGGGGGUUUUUGAACAAAAAAUCUUUUGUCCAGAUCUACAAUGUAGAAGGUCUGGAUUUUGCAUAAUGAAACAGUGAAACAAAUACAAUUGUACUAAGGCCAUUGUCCUAACCUCCCCACCCGCAACUCCAGCCUGUCACACUUAGAAGAGGGUUCCGGAUCCUCAGGCUAGUGAAAGGCACUGCUCAGCAUCAUGUGCAUGGACUUCACUGAACCCCCACCCUUUCCGCCCCCAUGCCGCUCCCAGGAUACCUGGACCUGUCAACACCUUCCAAUCAGAGCUGUGCACUUCCAGCUCCCUAACUAAUGGAAGAUUAUAAAAACAAAGCAAAAGUGAUAAAGGAAAAGCCAAGAAUCUUAUAUUUCUUUCAGGUAACUGCCAGUUCCCGUGGCUGAAUUAAAGCACUUGUGGCAUCUUAAAAAUGGCUUGCUGUCUUUUCAUCUAGCUCCACCACUAGCAUGUUUACUCAAUUGUGGGUGGAAUAAAAGGGCCCAAGGUCUCCCGCAACGCAAAACACAAAGCCAGGAGCCUUUAUCUAAGCCAUGUGGGGAGACAAGAAGUUCAGGCCACUUGGGUCUUUCUUGUAUUUUGAUCCCCUUCAGUUGUCAGUGAUGUGUUUUGGUACUCACUGCCUUUAUAAACGAAGCAAGUAGAGUUAGUGAAGAUGCUAGUUAUCUAGGCUUUUUCCUGUUAACUGUUCUGGGUUUCCUUUACCAACACAUGCAUUUGAGCAUAAUGUUCUUGCUCUUUCUAUCAUGUAAAUGUAGCAUCUAAAAGUAACUUUGGAUAAAAGUUGAGUAUCUGAUUAAAAUAAUAUUCUCCCCUUGUUCUCACAAGGAAACAAGUUCAUCACAACAUUACCACUUGUCCACAUUUAAAAUUAUGUAACACAAAACAUCUGCACUCAGAGCCCAAUGUUUCAGGGUCCUCACAGAACAGAAGUAAAAUGUCUUUUAAGGGCUUGGAGUCAGACCCAUUGUAUUUACAGUUCCAAACACACCCACUAAUCAUAGACUUGCUUAGAAUUUACUGUGUGUAUUUUUAAACUAUAGGUAUUUUUUCCUUCUAGUCAGCAUUAAACUUCAGUACAGUCUCCAAAUUAUAGACAGCUAUUUGAAUGGAACUGAGCAAAGGACAGGACUCUUGUCACCUAGAAUGCAAGGAAUAAUCCCAGAAGACAUAUAUAAUGCAACAUUCAGAACACUUGCAACUAAUUUUCCUCGAGGAGUAAAUGGAAAUUUCAACUUACUUCACAUUUUACAUAUAGCAUGAUACUUUAUUAAUGAAUUUUUAUCAGACUAAUUCAUAUUUAUAUUUGAAUUGCUAGAAAAAAAUUGUGUGCAGUUUUGGUUGAUAAUAAAAGGAAAAUAUUGACUAUAUUGAAUUUGUUAAGAUACAAAAACACGAUGGUUUUGUUGGAAAUUUUUUUGUAUUCAAUGUUUGUACCUUUGUUUUCGUUGUUUCAAUUUUUUUUAAACUUUAUUGAGGUAUAAUUUACAUGUCAACAAAAAUCAGUUGCCUUUAGUAAUGUGCAAUUUUUUAAGUUGUACCUUUGUUUAACUGAAAAGAAGGUUUAACAUUUAGCCUUGCUAGACUCCAUGUAAGAUGCAGAUGACUUGGUAACAGCUCCACCUAACAUUUAUGGAGGAGCUUCCUGCUGAAGCAGCAGCCUCCCCAGUGCAGAGUGUGAAGGAGGACAAGGCUGUGUGCUCCCCCGCCAGGGCCCCUGCCUGCCAGCUGCAGAGAUAGGUAGUCAGUCAGCAGGUUUCUGGGCUUUCAAACCAUGUUUCUCUGGAAACAACUCAUGGGAGGAGGGGCCUUUGUAUUUGGCUAGAACAGAAUAGGAAGCUUCUUAGUAGGUCACUUUCUUUAAUAGCUUUUUUAAAUACAGCCUUAGGCCUAAUCAAGGAAUCUGAUUUCUCUUACUUGAUCAGCAGUGACUAAUAAUAGUGUAUGACUAUGCUGAUGAGUAUGAUGAAUUUUUAAAACCCAAGCACUUAAAUGGUUAUAGAAAUGAAGGAAAACAUGGAUAUUUACAGACCUUGUUAUAUACACAUUGCAGUGAAAUGGUUUAUAGCGGAUUCAUUUUCUGAAAAUGUUGUAAACAUGUAAUUAGUAAAUGAUUUGUGAAAUGUCCUAUGUUUGUAUGUCUGUAAAUAUGAUACAUAAGUUGUAUGUAUAAAUAUGUCAAUAUCAUGUAUGUUAUUUUAAAUUGCGUUUUUGCCUCCUUACACUUGACAUUAAGAUAAAAGCCAACACUUCAAUAGCGUGAAAUAAAGCCUGGUUUGAAAAUGUU